UACAUCAACUUCAACAAGGAUGGCUAAGUUUUUAAACUCUGUUCUUUGCUUCUUUCUCAUUCUUUCAGUUGCAUUGGUAAUUACUCAGAUAAAUGCCCAAAAGAGAUGCAGUGCAACUCUGGAUACACAUGGAUGUCUCCUUGCUGACUGUCAAAAGGAAUGUGUACAGAAAUACAAUGGGAAUGGACUUUGCACUGGUGGUGUCUCUGGCCCAUUCAAUUGUGUCUGCGUUUACAAUUGUAACUCCAAUUAAAAUACCUUUGA